AUGAGCCACACUAUCCAGCCUCACACCGACAUGGAGAAAGCUCACUCGACUCAUGAGAUCGAGCAUGACGCAGUCGGCAAGACGGACAACGAGCCGGUCGUGAUCCUUACUGAGGAAGACAACCGCCGCCUCUGCCGCAAGACCGACAAACGCAUCCUCGCCAUUCUCAUGUGGAUCUACUUCCUUCAGAUCUUUGACAAGGUCGUCUUUGGUCUCGGCAAUGUCUUUGGGUUGAGGACCGAUCUGGGCAUGACUGGCGACCAGUACAGUUUCGCCGGCUCCAUCCACGCUAUCGCUCAGCUCAGCUGGCAGCCCUUCUCCUCCUACCUCAUCGUCAGGGUCCCCGCGCGCACCCUCAUGACUUUCCUCGUCUUCGCCUGGGGUUGCUCUGCCGCGUGCAUGGCCGCCGCUACCAACUACCAAGGCAUCUACGUCACUCGGUUCCUCCUCGGUCUCUUCGAAGCCGGGUGUCUUCCCCUCUUCUCCAUCAUCACGGCGCAGUGGUACCGUCGAUCCGAGCAGCCGCUUCGUGUCGCCUGCUGGUACGGUACCAACGGUAUCGCCACCAUCGUGGCAGGUAUCCUCGCUUUCGGACUUGGCCACAUCAAUGGCAGCUUCAAGGCUUGGCAGGCACUCUACCUGUUCGCUGGUCUCAUCACCGUCCUCUCCGCGCCCCUCGUCUGGUUCUUCCUCGAUAACGACAUCCAAUCUGCUCGCUUUUUUACCGAAGAGGAGAAGGUCAUGGCGGUCGAGCGGCUCCGUGCCAAUCAGACUGGUACCGGUUCGCACGAAUGGAAAUGGAACCAGGCGCUCGAGGUGUUCAUGGACCCCAAAUCGUACCUCUGGUUCGGUAUCGCUAUGCUUCCUAAUCUCGGCGCGUCGGUGACGAACGUCUUUGGGCCUACUUUGAUCGCCAACUUUGGGUUUGACAAGUUCAUUACCACCCUCCUUACCAUGCCUUUCGGCGCCCUUCAGACCAUCGCCAUCCUUAUCGGUUGCUUCUCUGCUCAGCGAUUCUCCAACAAAGCUGGAAUUUUCGCCUUCCUCAUGGCCGUCGCUGUCGGCGGAUGCGUGAUGCUUUACACCCAAGCCCUCGCCGCCUACGGUGUCCCUGCCCUCACGCAGUCUCAGCAAUCCAUCUCACUCGGUGGCUACUACCUCCUCGCCUUCCUCUACGCCGCGAACCCUCUCCUUGUGUCUUGGAUCAUUGCGAAUACCGCUGGGCAGACCAAGAAGUCCGUCACAAUGGCCAUCUACAAUGGGGCGUCUAGCGCCGGAAACAUCGUCGGACCUCUCCUCUUCACUGCCGCCGACGCUCCACGAUACGUUCCCGGUCUCAAGAGCGUGAUGGUGAUAUUCAUUGUGCUCAUAGGCCUCAUCGGUCUACAGGUCGUCAACCUCUUCUUCCUCAACAAGAGACGCCAGAGCCAGCGGGUGGCGAAGGGGCUCCCGAAAAUCAUUCACGACACCUCGAUGGACAAGACUUUCAAGACGUAUGGUGAGGAUGAGGGAGCUGCUGGGCAUAUUGGCGAGGAGGGGCUGAAGGACGUGUCGGAUCUCAAGAACCCUCUCUUCACUUACUUGUACUAG